AACCCACUCUUCUUACCUCUCCCCUUCCGCCAACCCAUUUCCACUUCUCCUCCCUGCCUUUAUGGAAACGGCCGCCGCCGGUUCCGCCACCACCGGCCUUUGCCACUCCGACUAUGUCGAAUCGUCCCCACGCUCCCUCUCCGGAGGCUGCUGGGAGGAACCCGCGUUGCCUCCGGCCAGUUCCGCCGGCGCCCGCCUCCGCUUGAUGUGCAGCUACGGCGGCCGCAUCGUCCCCCGGCCGAGCGAUAAGUCCCUAUGCUACGUCGGAGGAGAGACCCGCAUGGUGGUCGUCGAUCGCCACUCUACUCUCGCUGACGUUUCCGGCAAGCUCUCUCGGAACCUCCUUGGCGGUCGUUCCUUCUCCCUCAAGUACCAGCUCCCCAACGAGGACCUCGACUCGCUGAUCUCAGUCGCUACGGAUGAGGACCUCGACAACAUGGCGGAGGAGUACGAGCGAAUCGUGGCCGCUUCCUCCGCUGGCGUUGGGGGCGGGGCCACCGGCUCCUCCCGCCUCCGGUUGUUCCUCUUUCCAUCCAAGGCGGAGAUGUCGCCCGCGUCUUCGAUUGGGUCUCUCCUCGACGAUUCCAAAUCGGAUCUUUGGUUCGUCGACGCCCUUAAUAGCGCUAUGGGCGGGAUGGGGAUCGACGGAGUCCCUCGCCGCCUGUCCUCCGACUCUGCCUCCGUCAAUUGCCUCCUUGGCCUCGAGGACCUCUCCUCCGUUCACUCUCACAGCGGUGCCCUAAUAUCCGGCAGUGCGGGAGGGGGUCAAUUAGAUCGGCCCGAGCCGCUCGUCAUCCAGCGCCGCCCGGAAUCUUCCGGCAAGCUUGCCCGCCAAACCCAGGACGUUCACUCCAUCCCGGACACGGCCAUGCUCGAUACUAAUUCCUCCUUCGGAUCUGCAUCUUCCUCUCCUUCUCCCUCCAAUCUUCCGCCCAUCCGCACCGGCUUCGAGGACAAUUUUUCCCACACGAUUCAUUCCGCCGCACCGGCCUCAUCCACCGGUGGCCACGACGAUUGUAAGGAGCCAGCGUUCCCUCACUAUCUCCGCCCCCCUCCAACUGUUCCCCUCUCCGCAUCUUCCGUCGCCACCACGACCGUCUCCCCUAUCGAAAACCCUAUCCGAAAUUUCUCCUACGAUGACGAAAAGUAUGAUCUGGGUGUCAUCCCCAAUCUCUCUCAGCAAUCCCUGAAGCCAAAUCUGAACGAAGCACCCAUCCCUGUUCCCGGAUCGAGGAUGCUGCUGUUUUCGGAUGCCACGAUUGAUCAAAAACGCGACCUGCCUGUUUCCUCGGAUCCCAGCUACCACGUUCCGUUUCCGGCGACUAGCAUCGCCGGUUACCAAUUUCCCCAAGUGCAACCGCAGCAAUUCCAGCAGCCACAGCUCCAUCCGCAGUUCCAUCAACAGCAGCCACAGUACGUUUCGGUGAAUCCCCACUACAUGCCCCAUCCCGCCGCCGGCAACGUCAUCCCCGCUUCAUCCUACUACCCGAUCGCAGCCUCCCACGCAAUACAGCAAUCGCCGCAAACCCCCCACCCAUACGACCCCCAAAUUCCCAUGUACUUCUACCCCGUUCAGCCGGCCGCGACGUACAAUUUGGCGGAUCCAAAUUCGACGCAAACCCAGGCGAAACCUGCAGUGCCCACCCACUCGUUCGCCGGCGCCGGGUACCACGUGCUUCAGCCCCAUAAUCUUUCUCAGCCACCCGCGACGAUGCUUAACUACGGCUAUGAAUUCGGGGGCGGCGUCGAUCAUUCCCACCAGCAGCUAUACUACUCUCAGGCAACCUCAUCCCCGGCGUUAGCUCCUCAGGGUCAGCCGGCGAGCUCUGUUGUGGCCGUUUCAGGUGCUGCAAUGGCGCCUACCGACGCCAAGGCAAACAGAGCAUCAUGAAUCUAACCACUUCCAGUUAUGCGAUUACAUGUUCCAUUCAGUGUUCAGCGUUCUUAGUUACUCCGCCUGUUCUUAUAGGAAUAAGUGUCUUUGCUCUUAGAUCACAAACUCAUGUUGUUUCGCCACUCGUUUAUCUUUCAGUAAACUUUCAGAGAUUUCGAUGCACACGAAGUCUCUGCUCAAAUUC